CAAAGCAAAUUAUCCGGAUGCAAAACUACUGGUAGGUAAUACGGAGGUGGGAAUCGAAAUGAGACUGAAGAGGUUAUUACAGUAUGUCUGUUUCUCAAGUCCCAGAACUCAAGGCAUUGAAUGUCAGUGACAAUGGGGUAGAGAUUGGUUCAGCUUUGAGACUUUCUGAACUCAUGAGGUUAUUGAGGAAGGUAUUAAAGGAGCGUCCUGCACAUGAAACAACAGCAUGCAAGGCUUUUAUUGAACAGCUCAAGUUGUUUGCUGGGACACAAAUAAGAAAUGUUGCUUGCAUUGGUGGAAACAUCUGUACAGCUACUCCAAUAUCUGAUUUUAAUCCUUCAAGAGCAGAGUUUCGGAUAAUCAACUCCAAUGGAGAUGUUAAGUUCAUACCUGCAAAAGAUUUCUUCCUUCACUUUGAUCAUAAUGCAUAUUUUGAGCAAAGUAUGUGUGAAACAGUGAAUGUGUCUCAUGUUCUUGGUCUUCCAAUGUCUAAAGUGGUAUGCAAAAGACUUGGCGGUGGCUUUGGUGGUAAGGAAACAAGAUCAGCUUUCAUUGCUGCUGCAGCUUCUGUUCCUUGCUACCUAUUGAAUUCAUACUGGACAGAGAUGUGGGCAUGAUGAUAACUGGUCAUCGCCAUAGUUUUUUUGCUUGAUAUGACUGCUCUCAAAGCCACCUUGUUCUUUGAAUUUUGCUUUCUGACUAGUACUGUGAUCGGUUCUUGCAUUACUUGCUUCUUCUCUAAUCAUAACACCCAAAUGUUUGCUUCUUUAUAAUACUUGUUUUGGAGGUUUCAAAGCUCUCACAAACUGUUAUUGCUCUCUUGUCGUUUUGAUUGCCUCUCAUAUGUAUGGUGCUGCAGUUUUAGACGCUUGUGAGCAUAUUAUAGCAAGAAUGGAGCCUGUUGCAUCUUAACACAAUUUCAACACAUUCCCUGAGCCAUUGAUAUUGGGCAAGUGCGCAUUCUUCUCUCAAUGUCCUAGGCUUUUAGCUGUUAGUUGGCUUUUUGAAAUCUUUAGAAUCCAAGAAAAUCAGAAAGAAAAGUGUUGUGUCUGAAAUCUACCAUUUUGCAGAUACAAGGAACGUUUGUACAAGGACUAGGUUAGGUAGCUUUAGAAGAGCUCAAGUGGGGAGAUGCAGCUCAUACAUGGAUUAAACCAGGAGCUUUACU